AUGGCCCGCCCUCCCGCAGCUCGCAUUCAGCGGGUGCAGCCUCCGGCCACCCUGGCCGCCGGCGAAAAGGCCCGACAACUAGCCCGCCAGGGACACGACGUUAUAGACCUGGGCCAGUCCAGUCCCCAUCACGUCACUCCCCGCCACAUUAUUGACGCAGGCAUUCGCGCCCUCAACGAGGGACUGACCAACAUCAGUUCGUCCCGGGGACUGCCCGAAUUGCGCCGCGCCAUGGCCGGCAAGCUGACAGUCCAUAACGACCGCAAAGUGGACCCCGAUGGCGACAUUCUGGUCACCCCUGGCAGCAAGAUGGGCCUGUACGAUGCCAUCAACGCCUACAUCGAACGGGGCGACGAGGUGCUGGUGAUCGAACCCACCUGGGUCAGCUUCAGUCAGCAGGUGGAAAUGGCCGAAGGCAUCCCCGUAGCCGUGCCUCUCAGCGAAGAGGAAGAAUACUACAUCGACUACGAGCAAUUGAAGGAAUACGUCACACCCCAGACCAGGAUGAUCGUCAUCAACAACCCCAACAACCCCACCGGGCCGGUGGAAGAGGAUUUGUUGGUCCUCUGCGACGAGACUUACGAAUACUUCCUCUAUGAUUCCAACCAGCACCUGACCAUUGCCAACCUGGACGGCAUGGCGGAGCGAACCCUUACCAGCUACACCUUCACCAAGGCCUACUCCAUGUCCGGCUGGCGGUUGGGGUGCAUCGUGGCCCAAUCGGCCCUGCUGGAACCCCUGCUGAAAAUCCAGGAGCAGACGGCCAGCUUCGUAUCCCCCUUCGUGCAGAUGGCGGGAGUGGCCGCCCUGCAGGGCCCGCAGGACCACCUUGUGCAAUGGCGCGAAGACUGCAACGAGCUGCGCAUCCGCUGCGCCGACCGAUUGUACCAAGUGCCCGGGGUUCACUGUCCAUUGCCCGAAGGAGCAACCUUUCUCUUCCCCCGCUUCUCCGCUGAUAUGACCUCUGCCGAACUGGCCGAAUUGCUGGUGGAGCGGGAAGGGGUGGUGGUUACCCCCGGCGCGGGAUUCGGGGAAAGCGGCGAAGGCCACUUCCGCAUCGCCCUCAUGCGCUCCCCGGCUGACCGUGUGCUGGAAGGCGUCGAACGCAUCGCCCGGGUGCUGGAGUCACUGUAA